GCCGCUGCAGCCCCAACGCGAAUUACUAGCACAAAUCUGAAAAAACCAGCAUCAUCAGCGGGUCUGGAGGCAUUCAGCGGCGUUUUAAUCGAGGCGAUAUAUGCUCAUUUGGCGUUGCGCCGGGUGGUCUCCCUGCUGCGAGGCUUUCCGAGGCAGCAUCCCUCUCUGAAUGGAACAAGGCACGCCUGCCGACCGCGACGUGAUCCCCCGCCACGACCCGACGAACGCCGACAUCGAGCACAACGCUGCACCCAAUGGUGACGGCACCCAGGAGGAAGUCAAGGUGCCCGUAAAAGAGGAAGGAGGCUCUGUGGAUGGCAUCGAUGAUGGUGGCGUCACACAGCGGCCGGCGAAGCGGCGGAAAGUGGAAGAGUCCUCCACGUCCACGCCGCGCUCAGCAUCGCGCGCCGCAUCGCCGCCCUGGAAGUCCUUCAGCGCCGACGGACCAACGACUGUGUUCGAGAACGGCGUGCGGAAGUCGUCACGUGUAAAUCGAGAAGCAGCCCCGCCGACGCCUGAGCCGGCCAAACGCGCCGGAAGGCACACGACCAAGGCGCCGCAGACAAAUGGCACACCCAAGAGCGGUGUCGGCGCGAAGAAGACAUCUCAGACCAAUGGCAUUAAGAAGGGAACACCGGCUCUCAACAAGAAGGCGUCCGCACCGGUUGUGAGCACGCCCGCAUCGCGCAAGUCAGAGCGUCAGCGCAAGCCCUCAGGCUCAGCACGACCGCUGUCGCCUACUUCGCCAGUCCUGCGCCAUGCGUCGCCAGAUGGUACUCGGAAGCGCAGCGGUCGCACGCGGCGUGCUACCCAAACCUCCGUUGACGGACUAGGAGAUGACCAGCUGAUGACGAACGGACAUGACCCUGACGGCGGCCUCUACGCGGACGACCUCGAUCCCUCGGCUUCUGCGCCCGGCCUCCGCCUCAAGCUGCGCAAGCUCGACCCUCCGAAGCGCCACCCUCUCCACGCCGCGCCAGCAUCGAAUCACGGUUCGCUCGAAGCCUUCCUUGCGCAAGAUGAUCCGCUCGAAGGGGAGGAAUGGCAGCGCAUAACGGACGAGAAGGCCGAGGAAGAGGCACAACGGCGCAUGCGCAUCGAGGAUGCAGCUGAGAGCGGUGUUUUGAGUCAGGCAGCUUGCAGUGUCUUUGCACCUGAACCAGCUCCAGAGCCAGCUCAACAGUACGGGCACUGGGACCAUGUCACUGCCCAUGCCCUGCACUUUGGGAGACUGCUUGCUGACGAGAAGAAAAACCACAGGCGCCUGGCUAAGAUCCUCGCGCGUGAGGCACAAGACCGCUGGGCAGUCAAGUACAAGCGUAAGAGCAAGUACGAAAUCGACCAGGAGGAGAUAGACCGCCAAAUCACACGCUACAAGCAGCUUGUCAAGGACGUCAAAGAUGCGUGGAGCCUCGUCAGAGUGGAGAUCGAUAAAGAGCGUGUGGCCAAGUACGAGGAGGAACAGCUUCAGCUCGGACACAAAGCCAUGGACGACAUGUUCAAUCAGGCUCAAGAGAUUCUAGGUCGCGGUGCUGCCGACUCAGCCUCGUACUACAGCGAGGACCGCGAGUUCGAAGACGAGAUGGCCGAGCUCGGAAGUGAAGCAUCAGACACGUCCAGGAUUCGAAACGAUGACGAUGUUAUGUCGUCGAGCGACGACAGUGAGGAGAACAAUGCAGAGGACGACGAUGCGAACCUCACCGCCGAGCAGUUGCGCGCCAAGUACGAGCAGCUGCCUGAUCUUCCAGACAGCAGCUCGACCGAGGAAGAAUCAGGAGACGAAGCGAAUGCGGAAGACGAUGCGGAAGACGAUGCGGAAGAUGACACUCCUGCGCCCACACCACACCCUGACCUCGAGAUGGACCAUGCUCUUGUCACACCGAGCGAACAGUCGGCGCACACUAACGGCUGGCAUGCGGGUGCGGGUGACGAGGAGAACAAACCAAACUUCAUCAAUCCCGCAAACGUCGAGCUGGACCAGGUCGAUGAUGCGUUGCUGGAUUCUGACGAAGACGAUGGCUCUGGGUCUGGCAGCGAAGCCUGGCCUAGCGACGAUCCUGAAGACGGAGACGAUGAGGACGCAGAGCCAGGAACUGGAGCCUCGGAUCACGGUACCGACGACGACGAUGAUGAUGAUGAUGAUGAUGAUGAUGAUGAUAUCGGGUUGAUGGGUUUCUUGGGUGCCAGUGACAUCAAGAAGUUGAAGGAGGCUGCAAAGACGUCGAUUGAAGAAGAGCUUCCAGAUGAUCGUUCCGUGCACACCAAUGGUGUGAACGGCCAUGCCUCUUCAUGCGCAAACGCAAACGGUGGUGUCGAAGAGCUUCGAACAAACGGUGACAAUGACGGUCCCAAGACCGAGUACACUCGCAUCAACGGAGAUGACUCAUCAGUCAAGCCGUCCUCGGUCAUUGAGACUAGUGCAAAGAAGUCUGUGGAAGAGAAUAUCAUCAUGGAAACGGAAGAGGACGACGUGCAAGAAGCACAGGUUGUGCACAACAGAUCCCGGCAGACCUCAUCUCCCCCCCGUGCAGAGAUCCCUCCUCUGCUGCGAGGCACCCUUCGCGAAUACCAACACGGCGGUCUUGACUGGCUCGCAAACCUCUACGACACAGAGACGAAUGGUAUUUUAGCUGAUGAGAUGGGUCUGGGCAAGACAAUUCAAACCAUCUCGCUCCUUGCCUACAUCGCCUGCUUUCGAAACGUCUGGGGUCCACAUCUAGUCGUUGUUCCUACGAGCGUCAUGCUCAAUUGGGAGAUGGAGUUCAAGAAGUUCUUGCCCGGGUUCAAGAUCCUGACUUAUUACGGCGACAUCAACGAGCGCAAGCGUAAGCGCAUGGGUUGGCGCAACACCGGCAAAGACAUGUACAAUGUCGUUAUCACCUCGUACCAACUCAUUCUUCAGGAUGCCGCCGCGUUCAAGAUGCGAGCUUGGCACUAUCUCAUCCUCGACGAAGCUCACAACAUCAAGAACUUCAAGUCGCAGCGAUGGCAGACCAUGCUCACCCUGCGAACCGAGCGACGGCUGUUGUUGACUGGCACGCCUUUGCAAAACAAUAUCGAUGAAUUGUGGUCAUUGCUGUACUUCUUGAUGCCCGCAGGCUUCGCUGGCGAAGGCCGCAUCGCCAACCUCGAUGAGUUUACUUUGGCAUUGAAGAAUCCAACGUCGCAGAUCUUGGAACAAGGUCGACAGCAACUCGACGCUGAAGCGCAAAAGAUCGUCGCUAGGCUUCAUGAGGUUCUACGACCGUACUUGCUCCGCAGACUGAAGGCGGAAGUCGAGAAGCAGAUGCCUGGAAAGUACGAGCACGUUGUGUACUGCAAAUUGUCCAAGCGGCAGCGCCAGCUCUACGAUGGCUUCAUGGGUCGUGCGGACACAAAGCAGAUCUUGUCGUCUGGCAACUACAUGUCCAUCAUCAACUGCUUGAUGUCGUUACGGAAAGUCUGCAACCACCCAGAUCUUUUCGAGACGCGCGCCAUUGUUACAUCGAUGGCGAUGCCAAAAACUGUGGCUGCUCAAUUCGAAAUCAAGGAUCUGUUGAUUCGCAAGCGGUUACAUGAGGGCCUGGAGGAGAAGCAAGUGAACCUUGACGCGCUGAACAUGGUCUUUGCUCGACGCGAGCAGACUCAGAUGCGACAUGCUCGGCGCUCGCAACAGAUUCGUGCGACACGGCCUCUAGAAGAUCUCAUUGAGCGGCAAACCCGCCGAAUCAACAAGCCUUCUCCAGCAGCGACAUCCUCACUUCAGUCUACAAUGUCAGCAUUGGCACGCCGCGAGCAAGUGGCUGUUCGUGAUCAUCUACAACGAUGCCUCGCCCUUACACGGGCUAGGACACAGUUCCAUCCGAUCUAUGGGAAAGAGGUCAUUGAUGCUGUGACUGUCGACUGGCAUGCUCAUACGUUCGGUCCUCGACGAGCUGGCAUCAAGGUACUGAAACCUAAGCCACCGCCGAUGAACCCCUACUAUCCGAUGCAGCAACCAUUGCAACCUCAGCCGAUACCAGCAUACCCGCCACAUCCACCCAGUUCAACGAACCACCAGUUCGGGCAGUCCACGACCAUCAUACCUCCGAAGGAAGAGGAGCUGCAAUACGAUAUCAUUCGAAGAUAUCAUGGCGAUCUCGGCUUCAGAUCGCCCAAGUCGAUUCGUGCCGCAAACGAGUGGUGCACUGAGCAAGUGACACACUUCUUUGACAUGAUUCCUACACUCGAACAGCGCGCAGAGGCUCUGCAACCCCUGAUCACCCAGUUCACGUGCGUAACACCAGCAGUUGCCGCGGAAGAGCUUGCACCUUUGACACUGUCGAAGCGAGGUGUAGAGCUCAUCAGAUCCUCAGAUAUGGCCCGUCAGCGCGAUCCCUUCCAUGAGGCCCGCAUGCGCCAAUCCAUCGCUUUCCCUGACAAGCGUCUACUGCAGUAUGACUGCGGAAAGCUGCAGCGACUUGCCACCCUCCUUCGUGAUCUUCAGUCCGGAGGCCAUCGUGUCUUGAUCUUCACCCAGAUGACCAAAGUGCUUGAUAUUCUGGAACAGUUCCUGAACAUUCACGGCCACCGGUACCUGCGUCUCGACGGAUCCACCAAAGUCGAGCAGCGCCAGAUUCUCACCGAUCGGUUCAACACUGACACCAACAUCCUAGCCUUCAUCCUCUCCUCUCGCUCUGGGGGUCUCGGCAUCAACCUCACAGGUGCCGAUACUGUCAUCUUCUACGACCUCGACUGGAACCCAGCCAUGGACAAACAAUGCCAGGACCGAGCACACCGUAUCGGUCAGACACGCGAUGUCCACAUCUACAAGUUCGUCAGCGAGUACACAAUCGAAGCCAACAUCCUGCGCAAGUCGAACCAGAAGCGUCUUCUCGACGACGUCAUCAUCCAAAAGGGCGACUUUACGACCGACACCUUCAACAAAGUCACCUGGCGCGACGCUCUAGAAGACGAUCGCGGGAUCGACACCUCCGAUGAGGCCGGCGCAGCCAUGGAUAGAGUCCUUGGCGAGCGUGCCGGCAUCCUAGGCGACGCGCGUGUUAUGAACACCGUUGAAGACACCGAGGACCGCAACGCAGCUUCCAUCGCGCAGAAAGAGAUCGUUGACGAGAUCCACGACGACCAGGUCGACUUCAACGAGUCCAGCAACGCAACACGCGCUGCUUCCGAAGCCGUCGCUGCUGCAGAAGCAGAGCUGGAAGGCCUGGUCGAGAAGAGACAUGUCGAUGAGUAUAUGCUGAGCUUGUAUCGCGAGGAGUAUGGCAAGGAGCCGUAUAAGCCGCCGACGGAUCGGCAGAAGAGGAAUAGGAAGGGUCAGGAUCCGCAUGUCAGGCAGAGGAAGAAGAAGUAUUAGCACUACUACCCUAAGAUUCGACGAUGAGGGGGUGACUGGAUGAGCGACUGAGUAAUGAGAUGAUUGUAUUAGUAGAC